AACAAAUAAAUUGCAAACUAGAAGAUAUCGUGAUCUUCUACACUCGGUCGACUAAUUUUGACUAGGUCUUCUACUCGUUAAACCCGCACAGAUAUUCGGUGGUAAGUUAUAAACGGUAGAUGGUGAUAUUCAGGGAACAUAUUCGUAGCUACCAAUGGAGCCCUCUAUCCACAACCAGCCAAUCAGUACGAGAGGGGUACCCCAGAUUACGCCCCUAGUCACCAAACUUGGGCAGGGAAUUAUCGCGGUAUUCGUAAUGGAUCCUGACACCACAAAUACUACAACUAUGGCUAUUUCCGCCUAGGGCCACUAUCUUCUGAUGUCAACGUUCUUACCUACUAACCAUUACAAUCCUUAGUAUCUCCUUGGCACAUAACGUACCUAGGCAGUGCGCCACCACAAUAUUCAACCGCUUAGUUCACGAUUUCGCGGUUCUCCUCAAGAGUAUUGUGUCUACUCCAAAUUUUUAGGCCUUCACCGAUUUUUCAGCGUUUAUUUCCAUCUUAGAAGUCAUUUAGAGCGACUAUUUACCUACGUACUCAACAUGGAUACAACCAAAGGUGAAGAUCUAGAGCCUACGCAGAACAAACAUGAAGGCACACUCGGUAGCUCCGACGAAAAAAGUCUAGGGCUUGAGAAUGAUGAAUUUCAUAUUGACCCAGCCGUUGAGAAACGAGUUCGGAGAAAAAUAGAUCGUGUGUUGGUUCCUUUGGUUAUGGGACUCUACUUGGUCGCCUUCCUAGAUCGUUCGAAUAUUGGAAAUGCACAGACAGCUGGCAUGGGUAAGGACCUUGGAUUUGACGAUGCCCAUUAUCAAUGGCUUUUGACCAUAUUUUACAUACCGUAUAUCGUCUUUGAAUGGGCUGCACUGAUGUGGAAGGCCGUGCCACCUCAUAUUUGGGCUGGUAGUUGUGUGCUCGUAUGGGGGCUGGCUUCAACACUGCAGGCUGCGGCCUUCAAUUGGUCUGGCCUGAUGGCGUGUCGUUUUUUCCUCGCAAUGGCUGAGGCAGGCUACGGUCCCGGAGUUCCGUAUCUACUUUCUUUCUUCUACAAACGACACGAAUUGGGGUUUAGAUGCGGUAUCUUCCUCUCUGCUGCUCCUUUAGCCACAACUUUCGCGGGGGCGCUAGCGUAUGGAAUCACUUCAGGCCAUCCGGCACAUAUAGCUAAUUGGAGGCUCCUCUUCAUCGUAGAAGGGAUACCUUCGGUCUUACUAGCUGUUCUUGCCUUCUACCUUAUGCCAGAUUCGGCUGAGACAGCUAGUUUCUUAAAUGAGGAAGAAAGGAAAGUUGCUAAGCUUAGGGCUAUUCAGCAGACGGGAACUGAGGGAAGUUCACGUAUAGGACAUGUCAACUUCAAAGAUGUGUUUAUGUCGCUUAGGGAUAUUAAGACUUGGAUACCACCUUUAAUGUAUUUCAGUUGUAACGUUUCUUUUAGCAGUCUUCCCGUGUUUCUCCCCGCCAUUCUGCAGAACAUGGGUUUCACCGCAAUCAACGCGCAGGGCCUCAGCGCGCCUCCCUACUUCCUAUCCUUUCUCGUGUGUAUCGGUACGACCUGGAUCGCCGACCGCACGCGCCAGCGAGGCUACAUGAUCAUCGGCCUCUCCCUCCUCGCUGGCAUCGGGUACGUCCUCCUCGUAUCAUGCAAAGGCGUCGCAGUGCGAUACGCAGGUGUAUUCCUCGCAGCCGCCGGCGUAUUUCCCGCGAUUUCAAACAUCCUACCCUGGACUGUGAAUAAUCAAGGUUCGGACUCGAAGCGCGGCGCCGGAAUAGCGCUUUUAAAUAUCGUGGGACAGUGUGGCCCGCUUUUGGGAACUAGAGUGUUCCCCACACGUGAUGCGCCGUAUUAUGUUACGGGUAUGGCUGUCUGUGCGGGUUUUAUGUUCUUUAAUGCUUUUCUUGCGCUGGUCUUGCGCACGUAUCUCGCUUGGGAGAAUAAGAAGUUUGAGCGUGCUGAUGAGGAGGCGCGACAAGCGGGUUUGGAUCCUAGAUCUGGUGCUGUUGGACUAGAGAAUGAGGGUUAUGGGUUUAGGAACUUCUUGUAAGGAGUCCUUUGCGGUGGCCAAAUGACAAAAGCGGGAAUGGAAAAGCGACGAUGAUUCAUUAAAUGAUGAGUACCGUAAAGGAGUGAAUUAGCAUUCAUUGAUGGAUGGGUUAUGAGAUACGUUCAAUACAAUUGUAAGAAUUCCACCAUCCC